GCGAGAGAAGAAUAAGUUUGGCCGCUCUAGACAUUUCCUCCAAGCGACAUCAAAUAGACGUAGAAGUCUUUCGAAUUGGUUUAGUUUCACCUUUGUCUCUUCUAUUCAGACAUUUCCAUGUGAUUUCUAUUUUCGUGCAUUACUUGAUCAUCUUGAAAUAUCAGUGAGUGUGACACUCACGACGACUUGCACCGACCACUAAACUCCACCACCACGCAGCUCCCAAAAUAUGUCGACCCCCAACCCGUCCGACUUGUUCAAGAAGUUCGCCCCGAAACUGAACAAAAACAAGGCCAAAGCGGGGAACCGACCGGCGAAUGCAAGAGGUGGAUCCUCAGGCUCGGGUGCAGCAUCCAAUGCAACUGGAUCUGGUCUUCGGGGGCAACAACAUCAUCUCCUCGGCGGGAACCAGCCAGGCGCCAAAAUCGCCGGGUUGAAAUCCAACAGUGCCUCUACCGCCGCGCAGAACGAUGUCGAAUCCUGGUUUGACGACGGCGCGCGGGAGCGCGAUCGGCAGUUGUCGAAGGAAGCGGCGAUACUGCAAAAGAAAAACAUGAUGAAGAACAAGCAAGAACUGGGGGGCGGGCUGCAGGGAUACGGAAAUAAAGCUAGUAGCGCCGCGAGAGUUUUACCAGGUGCUGCGUCCGCUUCUAAAGCAGCGACAAGUGCGACCACGGGGAGAAAUGUGUUGAAUGGAGCGGCGGGAAUAAACAAUGGCAAGAACAACAACGUGCGGGGAGUGCAGAACGGCACUACAACUCAGCGAUCCGGCAGCAGUGCUGGGAAUGCUGUGGCUCGUGCAGCGGGGAGCAGCGCUAGUGGAUCCUCCGCUCCGAAGUCCUCUCGACCGCAGCAGUUGUUGGGUGCAGCUUCCUCGUUAUGGAGGCGUCAGGAUCGAAAUCGACAAAGUUGAAGUAAUUCGUGAUGCAUAAAACGGAUACCAGUUGGCGCCUAGUUUCCAACUGGCGCAUGACAAAUUUGGGUAGAGCCGAAAUCAAGUCUGUAAUGCGGUUUGGGUAAGGAAGACGCCUUUUGUCAUGCUACUCUAGCAGCUCUAUUGCUAUCCCUCAACAGGCUUACAGCCUCCCUCCCUUGCCUACUCUGCAAGACAGGAAUUUUGUGGGUUGCAUCUUAUGCAUGACAAACUAUUUCAACUUUGACGAUUUCGAUCCUGGCGCAUCCAUACUCGUCUUCGCACAAUCAAAGCAACGCUUUCGUUCAAAACCAGCAAAAUAACAACACCUCCUUCAACCACGGCGAUUUCCACCAUAAUUAUUCCAACAACACCAUGAGCAGCAAGCUCACCUCCCGCCCGUUGACGGAGAUUUCCAAAUACGAACUCGACGACCCGAACGCAUUGUCUCGGCCGACGACCCUGCCCUUUCAGUUUCUCGACACAGAUUACUUUGGCGGGGCGAAAAGCAGAGAAUUCUUGCCGGAUAGCGCGUGGGCGGGAGCUGGUGCAGUGGUGGGAGAGGAAGAUGAUAUGGAUGGCGACAAUUAUGCUCAGCUGGUACAACUACAAACCGCUUCCGCAGGAGGGGCGAAAAGCAACAAACCCAAGACUCUAAACGACACGAUUUCGACCCACUUGAAGGAAAACGAGGACGAAGACGAGAUGGAAACUGUGCCCUCGGAGUCCGAUGAAAUUCCCUUGCGGAAGGUACUGUGAGGAAAAAUCCCCCCUCCACAUAUCGAAAAGGUAUGUUCCUAUAAUUUGUGAUGCUGAUUUGUGGCCACAAGUCCUGUCUCUCUUGCAAGAAGGCAAAUCUAAGGAACCCGCCGCCUUAUGGAGGCGAUUUGUAAUGCUGUUUCACCUACAUGGCAGGCCUCUGCUAUGCUAAGCGCCUACAACAAAACACCCCUACGCAGGCUGAGGCUUUGCCUGUAGUGCCUCACUGCAGGACAGGGCUGAUUUGUGUACACAAAUCCAGCAGCAGAAGUUUCCGCUUCAAUAUGGGGAGGGGGGAUUUUUCCUUUUGAUAGAAGGAGAAAGAGAAGCAAAGGCUGAAGAUAAAGCGAAAAUCCUCGACGUCCAGUAUAAUCAUGGACGUUGACGAGGAGGAGGAUCCUGGUUCCGCAGAAGUUCUUCCCGAGUGGGCGACUGUCCAGGCGAAAACCCGACAAGAGUACUUGGAGAUCAAGCGAAGUGUCCGAGCGCUCGCACACAACGGGAUCGUGUUGUCCGUGCGGGAGGAAGACCACGCCACCAUAUGCAUUGCAAAAGUAUCGUACUAGUUCUAGUAUGAAUUGCAAUACAAAUUUCCUCAGCAUGAGAAAUAAAUGCGGAUUUUACUUGAGAAAGAAAUUUGUAAUGCAUGAAUGGGAUUACUACAUGCACCAGCACGAUACUUUUGCACAGGAUACACCACUGUUGCCGACAAUGAUUUGAACGAGUGGACACACAUGGUCACUCCGAUGAACAUCCCGUUUGCUUCGUCCGCGUUUUACCAGCGCUACGCCAACACCCAGAACGACGUCGGGACCUUGUUUGUCUACGACGAUGGCAGCGUGGAGCUGCAGACGCUCGACGGGAUGCGGUUCGACGUGGACCUCGGGACCAUUCGCGACCAGCACGACCUGUUCGCCAAUGACCCGUAUCCUGUGCAAAAGUAUCGUACUCGUAUGACUGCACUACAAAUUUCCUCAGCAUGACAAAUAAAAUUUGUGAUGCGGAUUGACGUUAAGAAAAAGCUUUGUAAUGUAUGAUCGAAAUACGAGUACGAUGCUUUUGCAGUGCAUAACCCGCAUGCCGACGAAAUGUACGAGUUGGGCGACAUGAACCACGAACUUGUCGUGAAAACGAAAAACGACCUGCCGAAAGACCCGGAGACGCUGGCGCGGGAGGCGUUCGAGAAAGGGGAGGAGGUGGACGAAGAGGAAAUGAAAUUUUCGGAGGCCUUUGCGGAAAUGUUGAAGGAGGUCAGGGAGGGGUUUAAGAAGAAAUAA